GAGGCAGAGGCAGAGGCAGAGGCAGAGGCGUGGACUUUCUGGUGGAGACAUCAGAAAGUCGAAAACACCCUUGCGUACAACCCCAAUCUACACCGUACACCUGGGCGUCCAGCGCAAGAUAGCACCCAGCGUACCGUAACUGUCCAUGAGAGAGAUUCUAGAGAGAGAAGAAGAAGAAAACAAAAUCGUUUAUGCAGAAGCAAAGACGGCCAGUAGUGAGAGAAAAAGACCAUUGGUUUGCCAUUUUCGGCAAAGAUCGAAGUGGGCCAAGUAAAUGUCGCCCUUUUCUUCUUUUGUUUAGGGUUUCAUAUCUACUUAUUCAUUUGUGUAUUCGUCCCCUCCGUAAUCCGGGUGUGGAAACUGCUGCAUUAGUGGAUGAGACUCAGCAGAAGCAGCAAGCGUUGCAGAGAAAGCGAGCUUCAUUCAAUAUUUCAAUCCAAUAACGUUUUUCUGCUUGGGAUCUUCACUGCACCUACCAUGGGCUUGGAUGAAACAGUUGCAGAACUAGGGAACGGGGACAGAACUCACCAAGCAAGGGCUAUAUGUUUACAUGCGUAUUAUGAUUUAUCCCGUGUUUCUCCAGUAGUCUUCUUAUACCUAUUGAAAGAAUGUUAUGCCUAUGGCACAUUGAAGGCAACAAAGAAGUUCCAGGCUCUUCAACAACAAGUCCAUCAAGUUCUAUACAACAGUCCCCAACCUGGACCAGCUGUUUUUGUCGCUCACUCUCUCUAUGUCCUGCCUAUUUUUGAAGCAGAUUCCGAAGGCUUUAGUCACUUAAUCAUAUCUGCUCUUCGUCGUUUUCUAAAAGUGGGAACCUCUUCGGAAGACUUACUUGAAGCGAAAUCUCUUGCAGCCCAGUUAUUUCUUUUGUCUGUUGGUGGAUAUAUAGCCCAUGAUGAGAAGGUUAUCGUGAAGAUGGUUAAAGCUUUUGAUAUCAGUUUGGAAAACAUUGGAAAUGGUAUGUUCAAUGAAGAUCAGAACAGCAAUAGUAGUUCGGAAACCGCAAGAACAUUUGUUGAGAAAUUCAUUUUCAAGUUGAUAGAGGCUGAGUCAUACAUGCCAGCAGUCACUCUAUUGGAACACUUCUCCAUCCACCAGUCUGGAGAAUCAUUUUUGCUUAAAAUGAUGCAAAACAAGGACUACAGAGCUGCAGAUAAGUGGGCUACGUUCAUGGGCAAGGCAAUGUUGUGUGUACUUGUUCAAGAGUACUCUGAGAAGAAGCUGCUAAAACAUGCUUACUACAUCAUAAAGAAUAACAAUCUCCAACAAGAAUUUCCAGAGAUAUAUCACAAGUGUAAAGAAAGCUCACUAAAGAAACUAGCAGAAAAAGGAUGCUGGGACAUUGCUGAGGCAAAGACAAAUGGCGAUAAACAACUGCUUGAGUAUUUGGUUUAUUUGGCAAUGGAAGCCGGCUACUUUGAGAAGGUUGACGAAUAUUGUGACCGGUAUUCCCUCAAUGGUUUCAUAAAUGUCAAAGAACCUGAGACAAGCCUUCUAGGCAGUCGCUAUUUGCAGCUAAAUGAGUUGGUUUUGGAAGACAUCAUUUGGGUUGAUGAAGUCAAUGGUUUGCGUGACGCGACAUGCCAUAUUGAGGAAUCCAAGGUUGUGGGAAUUGACUGUGAAUGGAAGCCUAACUUUGAAAAGGGAAGUAAGCCAAACAAGGUUUCUAUCAUGCAAAUUGCUUCUGAAAACGUGGUUUUCAUCUUUGACCUUAUAAAGUUAUUUGAAGAUGUACCCGAUAUUAUGGACAACUGUCUUGGUCGCAUUCUGCAGUCUCCUAGAGUCCUAAAGCUUGGCUAUAAUUUUCAAUGCGAUGUGAGGCAACUGGCUGGAUCUUAUGGAGGGCUCGAGUGCUUUAAGCAGUAUGAGAUGCUGCUAGAUGUCCAAAAUGUAUUUAGAGAACACCAGGGUGGUUUGUCUGGGCUUGCGAAGAAAAUACUGGGAGCUGGUUUGAACAAGACCAGACGGAACAGCAACUGGGAGCAACGGCCUUUAAGUCAGAAUCAGCUAGAAUAUGCUGCUAUGGAUGCUGCUGUACUCAUCCACAUUUUCCGUCAUGUCCGGAGUUAUUCACAGCCCGACACUGUCGCUGAGGGGCAUACGAAAAUUGAGUGGAAAUCCUACAUUGUAUCCCACAUGGAUAACUCAAUGAAGACCAAUAAGGUAAAGAAAAGUAAGAAGAAGUCUGAUGCCGGGAGUGAUGUGCAUUGACGAUUAGUUCAUUUCUUGGGUACGUAUUUCAUAUUCCAACUAGGCGAAGGGCGGUCUUUAAUUAUGCAUGCUACCGUGAAUAUUUGGCAUUUGUACGUACUUGGAGCAGUUGGAGGUAACAUUGUCGCAAACUGAGAGUAUUCCUUCAUUCAAAGCAAGGGAUUAUCAGUCUUUAAUUAUGCAUGCUACCGUGAAUAUUUGGCAUUUGUACGUACUUGGAGCAGUUGGAGGUAACAUUGUCGCAAACAGAGAGUAUUCCUUCAUUCAAAGCAAGGGAUUAUCUGCCUUAAUUAAACAUGCAUAUAUGAUCACGUUUAUGAGGCACCAGAUUCAGCA